GAUAUACCAUUGUGGACCGAGUAAGAAUAUAGAAUUGAUAUCAAAAGAAUGAAAUCAUACACCAAAGAUAACUCUUGUUUGGAAAUGACCCUUUAUUUCUAAUUAUAACAUAAAUGUAAAAUAUUUCUUAGAAUGUAACAAGACGAAAUUGAAUAAUCUUUAAAAGUUCGGCUAUUUAUGUCUAUAAUAAGUUUCUUUUUCCUGCAAUUAAUGUGAUAUUGAUAUUUUUGUUAUUGAUAUAAGUAAGUUCCUUACAACAUGUUAUGCAUGUACAUUGUAUUAUCUAGAGUGAGAAUUGUAUAUAUCAGUUGAUAAGAAUGUUAGUACAGGUUACUCUAAGCCUUACCGAAUUUAAGUUUCCGGAAUGGACACAAACUAUUUUAAAGAAUGAAAUCGAUAGCCAUUCAUAUUAAACCGUGUGACCAUACUUUGGCAGUGUUGGCUUUCGCUGUCCUGUUUUACUUGAAGUGUUAUCAGGUCAGGGGGUGCGAUGACGUCAGUAGUCAGGCGUGUCAUGAUAUGAUGUCACAGAACGAGGAUCUAUGUAAUGAUGCCUGUCUCUCCAGUGUUUGUCUGCGAACGUGUGGAAAGUGUGCUUUGAAAUGUUAUUCCUGCCACGAAGUUGAUAAACUGAACAACUGUAACACUACCACGGAAUGUCCUUCAAACGAACAUCAAUGCAUUUCUGUGAAAUCAUUCAACAGCGAUUUUAAGGAAGUCUACAAACUAGGCUGUGCUCUUGGAACUAUAUGUGACAGUCCCGGUUUAGAAACAUCGUGCUGUACGUCAGAUUUGUGUAAUAAUCACAGAAUUACAACAACAAAGACGACGACGACGACAAAAAUACCAACAACAACAACAACAACGACAACGACACAAAUGCCAUCAACAACGACGACGACGACAAAAAUACCAACAACAUUAAAGACGACAACAUGGACAACAACCUUAUCACCAGUCCUUUUAGUCGGGAAGCGCCAACACAUUGAUCCUUUCUGUGUUGAAAAUUCUCCGAUAAUUUGUCAGGAUCUUAUACGUUCGGACCCCUCUUCCUGUUCUAAGGAUUGUAUCAUGUCCAUGUGUCCAGUGUCCUGUGGAAAAUGCAAGACUUGUUACAAUUGUCCAUACGUUGCAGACUCAGAAUUGUGCAACAUGACAACACUUUGUAAACAUGAUGAGUUUUGCUAUGGACUUGAGACGGUCAACUCUUAUAAAGAGCACGGAUUUAGGCUCGGUUGUGCUCCACAGGCGGUUUGCGAUUCCAUUGCAACUAUUUCUACGAACAACUUUGGAAGGAGAUCACAGAGAGCUUUAGUCGGAGGUUGCUGCAGUAAGAAUCUAUGUAAUACUCACAUAAAGCCGCUUACAACCACAAAAGCUGUACCGAUGAAUGUAAGGACAACGCCAAAACCUUCCACGACAGCAGCAAGGACAACAGUGAACUCAUGUCAAUGUCCAAAACAUGCUUUCACCUACAAAAAUGACUGCUUCUUUGUUUCAAAUGCGACAUAUACAAGAAUGGCAGCAAAGUCAUUCUGUCAGACUCACUGUGCUAAUCUGGCACGAUUUGAUUCUACAGAUGAAUUGAAUGAUAUUGAGAGACAAGUUCGUAAUUAUAUUCGCAAUUCCAAUCAUCGACGAUUUAUCCUUGAUACGUAUCCGGGUUUUGCCUACAUGUCUACAUAUAUAGACGCCAUUUACGACACCAGGCGGCAUUGGAUAUGGGAAUCCACAGGAGACAGGAUCUCGCAUGCCCUCUUUAGAAAUCAGACAGUACCUAAAAACUCCGUCCAUGAGUGCGCAGUCUCCGCAUAUCUCUUCAGAUCACACAUAUCACCAAUUGACUGUAACUCCCUCCAUCCAGCGCUCUGUCGUCUAGAAAGUUCUUAA